AAAUAUGGCGUUUGUUAAAUAAAUGUGAAAAAAAUUACAGGCAUUUUUAAAGAUAUUAUAUUAAAUAUAUUUGAUUAUAAAAAUUGAUUAAGUAUUUAAGAAUAAUUUAUUUAAAAUAUGGAGGAGCCUCUUAUUCAUGAAAAAAUGGAGCAAGAUACAAUAUCUGAUGAUACGGUAGUACAAUGGCUCAAUGAGGCAAGCAUGAGUCAAUGUGAAAAAGUUAAAACUAAUAAUUUAUCAAAAAUUCAAGAAGUUAUAUUAAACAAAGAUAUUGAAAUGUUACCUGAUUAUAUAGAUGAAGUAUUGGCAUUUGUUGUUGACAAAAGUGCUGAAGUACGAAAAACAAUUUGUAGUUUUAUUGAAGUAGCUGGUGAUAAACAGCCAGAUAUGAUUCCAAAAAUGUUGCCAUCUUUAUUGAGACUUUUAUCUGAUGAUGCAUCAGCUGUUGUUAAACGUGCACUAAGAACAUCAGGAAGAAUAUUACGUGCUGCUUUAAAAUGGGUUGCAAGUGCAGUUAAUGUAACACCAGAAAUUGAAACAGCUUGGGGUCAAAUAUCAACAUUAAAAGUAUUAAUAUUAGAAAUGAUUGGAUCAGAUAAUGAUGGUAUACGUACACAAGCUGUUAAAUUUUUAGAAGGAGUUGUUUUAUUACAAACAUAUCCUGAUUCUGAAACAACUAAAAAACAAGAUGAUUUUUCAUUAGAAGAUAUUCCAUUAACAUUAAAAAUAGCACGUAGAAGAAAACUUGAAGAAGAAGCACAUCAUGUACUUGAUGAGUUAAUAAAAUUUCAUGGUUCUGUUCAUGUUAGUAGUUUAAAUUUAAUGACAUGUAUGGGAAGUUUAGCAACAAUUGCAAAAUUUCGUCCACAAUUUACAUCAAAUGUUAUAACAGCAUUACAAAGUUUACAAAAUGAUUUACCACCAACAUUAACUGAUUCACAAGUAACAAGUGUAACAAAACAUUUAAAAUUAACACUACUUACUUUAAUGAAAUGUCCAGGUAGUAUUGAAUUUGCAUCAACAAUAGCAAAACAACUUGCAAAAUUAGGUGCUAAAGAACAAGAAAUAAUGAAAGCAUAUCCAAAAGCUGAAGAUAUUAGAAAAAUGAAAAGACGUCAACAAGAAAUAGCAGCAGCAACAGCUGCUAAAAGAAUAAAAUUAGAAACAAUAUUACCAGAUGAUGAUGAUGAUACAGAAAAUAUAAUUAUGGAACCAAUUAAAUUACCUGAUUUAGUUGAAUUAACAGAAACAUAUAUUGUUGAACAUUUAUCUGUUGAAGUUGCAACAGAUCUUGUUAUGGAUAGUAUGGCAUGGGUACCAGAUACAAUGACAACAAUAUUUCAACGUGAAUAUCAACCACCAGGUACAUCAGAUAUAAAUAUACAACGACAAACAGUUGCUAAAUUAUUAUCAGCACAAAUAAAACAAGCAAUUGCUAAAAAAUUUAAAAAAGAUAUUAAAGAUGAUGAUGCUGUUAUGGAAGAUUUAAUUAAAAAUCCAACAAUAACUGUUGCUGAAGCUAAACGUGAAAGAAAACGUGAAAAAGAUAGAGAAAAAGAAAAAGAAGCUAAAGCAACACUUGAAGCUGAAAAAACAAUGAAUAAAUCACGUGCACGUGUUAAAGCAUUAAAACCAAUUGAAGUAGCAAGACCAUUAACAAAUGAUCUUAAAGAAAAAAUGUUUUUUAUGGCUAUUAAUAGAAUAUUAAAUGCUGAAAAAAGUGCAAUUAAUAGUGGUGCUGGAGGAAUAAGAAUUAAAUUAUUAUCAACAAUGGCAUCAACAUUAAAUAAAUCAAUACAAAAUUCUGUAUUACGUUAUGUUACUGAUGAUAUUAAAUCAAGAAUGGAAUUAGCAUUAUCAUGGUUAUAUGAAGAAUAUGCUAUAUUUCAAAGUUUUCAUAGACGUACAACACUUGUUACACAAACACAUGAAGCACCAUGUUAUUCAUAUAAUUUUAUAUUAUGUACAAUAAUAUCAGCAAUUGAAGAAAUGCAAGGUAAAGAUAGAGAUAUUUAUUUAUCAAGAGUAUAUCUUGAAUCACCAUUAAUAACUGAAGAUGCAAUAACAGCAUUAAAAUCAUUAUCAGCAAAUGAAUCACGUGGUUUUGCACCAUUAUAUUUAUUAAAAGAAAUGGUUAUUAGAAGACCAACAAAACAGCUUAUAUUUUUAAAUGUAUUAUUUCAACAUUGUGCACAUGAAAAAUUAAUAAUACGUGAUGCAGCAAUUAAAAUUGUUGUUGAUCUUUAUAAUCGUAAUGAAUUAAAAUCAUCAAUUGAAGCAUAUGCUGUACUUUAUUUAAGUUUUUUACAAAAAUCAUGUCCACCAGAAUUGGUAUUUGGUGAAGAACGUGGCCGGCCAAAUAUUGAAAAUCAUUGGACUGAAUCAACAACAAAAGCAUGUCUAAGUCUUUAUUUAUCAUUAAUUGAAAAACAUCAAGAUCUUAUACAAGAACUUGCACGUGUUUAUCCAACAAUGUCACCAGAUGUUAAAAGAAUUGUAUUACGUCUUGUUGAAGCACCAGUUAAAUCAUUGGGUAUGUCAAGUCCACAGUUAUUAGGACUUGUUGAAAAUUGUCCAAAAGGUUCAGAAGUUUUAGUAACACGUAUUAUUCAUAUACUUACUGAUAAAACAACACCAAGUGUUGAACUUGUAACAAGAGUACGUGAACUUUAUCAAACACGUGUAUCUGAUGUUAGAUUUUUAAUACCAGUAUUAAAUGGUUUACCUAAAAAAGAAGUUUUAUCAGCAUUACCAAAAUUAAUUAAAUUAAAUCCAGUAGUUGUUAAAGAAGUAUUUAAUCGUUUACUUGGUGUACAUAAUAAUGACAGUGGUAUACCACAUACAUCACCAAUAACACCAGCUGAUUUAUUAAUAGCACUUCAUACAAUUGAUUUAAAUAAAACUGAACUUAAAACUGUUAUGAAAGCAACAUCAUUAUGUUUUGCUGAAAAACAAGUAUACACACAUGAAGUACUUGGUGUUGUUAUUAAUAAUUUAAUGGAAAUGAAUCCUCUACCAACAUUAUUAAUGCGUACUGUUAUACAAAGUUUAACAUUAUAUCCAAAAAUAAUUGGUUUUGUUAUGAAUAUAUUACAACGUUUAAUAUUAAAACAAGUAUGGAAACAGCCAAAAGUAUGGGAAGGUUUUGUUAAAUGUUGUGAACGUACACAACCACAAAGUUUUUCUGUUAUUUUACAAUUACCACCACAACAACUUUCUGAAGCUUUAAAAAUGUCACCAGAAUUAAAAAUACCAUUAAUUUCACAUGUUGAUGGACUUGCUGAUAAUCAAAAAGCACAUAUAUCAGCAUCAAUUAUGGAUGUACUUCAAGGUAUACAAUCUAUUGAUAUGCAUGAUGAUUUUGAUAUUGCACCACCAAUACAAAAAAUAACAACAACAACAGCAACAACAGCACCAACAACAAUAACAACAAUAACAACUACUAGCGAUAGUGGUGAUAUAUCUGAACCAACACCACCUGGAUUAGAGUGAACUUGAUAUU